CUGAAAGGGGAUUUUUGCUGUAUCUUGGCUCAGAUGGUGGUUCUCAGAUCUGGUUAGUCGGUCCAGAUGUCGGAGGACCAGAAGCACCAGCCGGCCGAAGCCUCCCGGCGGGGGGAGGCAGGUCUGGAGGCGGGGGAGGGAGACACAGAGCCGAGCAUGCUGCUGCAAAAACUCAAGAGCAACAUCUCUAAGAGCGUUCAGACCAAAGUGGAUCAGAUCCUGCAAGAAGUUCAGCGUUUCUCCGACAAUGACAAGCUGUACCUGUACCUCCAGCUGCCCUCAGGACCCAGCUCUGGAGACAAGAGCGGAGGGGACUCGAGCUCGUUCAACACAGCCGACCAGCUUCACACCUGUAACUGGAUCCGCAGUCACCUGGAGGAGCAUUCAGACACCUGCCUGCCCAAACAGGACGUCUACGAGACAUACAAGAGAUACUGUGAGAACCUGCAGCAUCGUCCUCUGAGUGCCGCCAACUUUGGGAAGAUCAUCAGAGACAUUUUCCCAAACAUCAAGGCACGACGGCUCGGCGGCAGAGGACAGUCCAAGUACUGUUACAGCGGUAUCAGGAGGAAGACUGUUCUCAACAUGCCUCUGCUGCCAAACCUGGACCUGAAGAACGACCCGGCCGAGCUGACCGAGCUGGUCCAGACUUACAAACAGGAAGUGACGGAGGCAGCCUGUGAGCUGAUCUGUGAUUGGGCGCAGAAGAUCCUGAAGCGCUCGUUCGACACGGUGGUGGAGAUCGCUCGGUAUCUGAUCCAGGAGCACAUCGUCAACCCUCGCUGCAGCCAGGCUGAGCUCGUCACAUCUGCAGCACUCGCAGGAGGUCCGGCCAAAACCCACAAAGUCAUCAAGAAAGCACCGGUCAUCUCUAAAUCUGACAGUGAAGCGGAUCCAAAGAGGGACCUCGGAGAUUCGUCCUCGUCUUCACUCAAGCAACCGUCUGCAGACAAAUCAGCUGCAACCAAACCUUCGUCCCUAGACCCUCCGCCUCCUCCUUCCUCCUCCUCCUCCUCUCUGCGGCCCGCUGUGGAAGCCUUCAUGAAGCAGUUACCCAGAAUCCUCCCUCGCAGCUCCAUCCCUGAUAAGACGCAGCUCUCUGUCCGCUCCUCUCCGCCAUCACUGGCUCCCAAAGACGCCUCAGGUGUUGGUGGAGCGUCUGGACCCGGAGGUCCCGCUGCUGCCGCCGCUGCCAGCGGUGGCGGAGUAAAAGUUAUUGCCAUGGCGACAUUGCCACAGCAGCAGGGUGCUCCUGUCCCUGUGAUGAUCCUGCCUCAGGGAUGUCUCUAUGAAAGGGAGAAAGUGGCCCCUCCUCCACCUCCCCCUCAGCAGCACCACGGCCCCGCAGCCCCCACCUCAGUUGUGCAGAAAGCACGAGGAAACGUGACAAAGCGCCCCCUGGAGUUGGCGUCAGGCAGCGGCGCUGUCGCUCUGUCUGCUGCUAACGCUCCUCCUGUGAAACGGAAACGUGGACGACCAAGAAAACCUCGACCUGAGGACGCCCUGCCUCCUCCUCCUCCUGCAGCAGUUCUUCCUCCACAGCCUCCGCCUCCACCCCCUCCCUCACACCCUUCCAUCAUCACCUCCCUGACGGGCGGAGUCAUACAGAAAGCUUCCUCCUCCUCCUCUUCUUCCUCUUCCUCUUCACAGCCCGUGCUGGAGCUGGUGAUCCAGGACCAGCCAGGUCUGGUCCUGAGCCACCUCCCCGCUGUGUCAGACACAGGCCACCGGCUGGUGGAGCACCGAGGGGUGGUGGUCCAGUGUCAGCCAGGUGGGGCGAGUGAGCCUGACCCCCACAGCAGACCCCUGCUGCUGUUCCAGAGUCCAGGAAACCCCAGCUGGGAGCUGGCAGCAUCGGGCCGUACCCCGAUGGUGGAGGUCAUCCAGAAAGCUCCGAGACCGAGCAAUAACAACAGCAGCACUGCUGCACCUGCAGCACACCUCCACCCUCCGCCUCCUCUGCCUCUGCCCACGCUGCACGAGGAGCGAGGCGAGGUGGAGAUCACGCUGACGCCGUUGGAGCUGCCCGUCAGCCAGCCGCUGCCUUCCUCCUCCACCUCCUCUCCUCCGUCAGCCGCUGCUCCGGCCUCCUCCUCCUCCACUGACUCCUCCCACACAGUAAAGACUGAGGAGGACGACGUGGAAGAGGUCUCACAGAGAGAGGGACACUAGCUCUCACUCAGCUGUUACCUCACCUGCAGCAAACCCCGCCCCUUCACAUCUUCUCUCAUCGCUGUUGGUGGAAAUCCCAGAUUGGCGUCUGCAGAGAGCCAAUCAGGAGGAUAAAUGAAGCCGACAUUCCCUCCGUCACCUCCCACUGCACUUAUAAUUAAACUGGUUGCUUUAGAAACCUGUGAUUCUUUAACCGCAUGUCUGUCUGUCCGUCAACUGUGGCUGAAACCAGAAGAUCCACUCCUCCAAUAGGCGGACCUGGUCUAAACUUUCCUCUGCUCCCUCCUUCCCUCGUCACGUCCUUGUAUCCUUAAUCUGCAGACUUAUCCUUUUCCUGUGCUGAUGUUUGGUCAGCUACAUCACUUUCACAGCCUCCACUCAGCUGAUUCAUGGAUCUAUAGAAGAAGAGUCAUUUAAAGGUGUAAAGAGAGAAGAAGGAGGCGUGUUUUCAGUAUUGACUACAGAUGGAGAUCAGCCUGAAGAGGAAGGAUACUGAAGGUACUACGGGUCAGAGCCUUGUGAAGGUUCUUUUUGUUAAAUAUGAAAAAUAACCUCUUUAACAGAGUUCAGGCACGACUCGUCUUCAAUCCAGUUUAUAUACAGAACCUUUUUAGGAGUUUCUGAUGAAAGAUUUUGCAAAUGUAGGGUGUUAGCAGUGCUGAAUCAAAGUUAAGAAGUUACAUAACUCCAGAUUAAAUCUCGUAUAGUUGAGGAUAAACGAUUGAAGGCGAACCGCAGCUGGACUCUGCUCCUCUCUUUAAAGGGUUUCUCUGUUCUGAACAGAUUUGGUUUGUUGUGUUUGUGGCCGUGUCGGUUUUGUUUCGAUUGUUCUUCGUGUUGUUAUGUUGGUGUGUGAAGGACAGAAAGGGAUGACAAACUAAAUUUCAGGGCUUUACUCCCUCUCACCAGAGAUCAAAUAAACCUCGCUGAUAUGAAAUUUAUUGAGGGCUGCUGCAAACUUCUACUACUUUUAUGCUUUCACAAUGAAAAGAGGCCAAAUUAGUUGUCAGCACUUUGAUUUUAUUGCUGUGUCUUUGUGCACAGAUUAGUGCAGAAAAAAACUUGUGUCAAAGUAAACCUUCAGUGAUUAGCAAUAAAAAGGUUUCAGGUUGAAACUCCAAGGUGCUCAUUUUUUGUUUACAUCAGGAUUCCUUAGUCAUUUAUCCGUCAAAAUUUACCUGGGAGCCAAAUCCUCCGAAAUAAGUGGAGAUACAGCUGAUAAAAACAAUAAGAGCAGCAGUUUAUAUUUUAGAAAAAGUGACUUCAGCAGGACUGUUAAGUUAAUAUUUCUCUUCAUGACAAGCCAACAUCAAAUACUCCCAUAACAAGUCAUAUGAUCUAAACUGGUUGGAUUACCAGGCCUUUAAAUCAAGCCAGUGGCUCCCAACGUUGAGUCUGAGCACCCCUAUGGGGUUGGGGGGGCACCAGAGAUUUUAGGGGGUACCUGCCCGUCUAAUGUGUCAAAAUCAAACUAGAUUAAAUAAGACAGCCCAUGUACGUUGAUUUAAUUGAAUCUAAACCCUGAAUUACAAAGAUUUAACAACCACAUAGUAAUCUUUAUAUAGAUUAACGAAUGUAAAAACAAGUAAAUGACAUUUCACUGAAAUAUAAAGAAACUGCUGAUCUAAAGCGUCGUAAUUACAAAACUUUGAAUAUUAAUUCAGUUUCACAUCCAUCACUGAGGAACCAGGCAGUGUUAAUCUUGUCGACUAAAAUUUUGACUAUAAAUGUUCAUCGACCAUGAGAAAGACUAGACUAAGACUGCCUAAACACAGAUCUUUGAGGACUAAAACUGACAAAAAGUAAGUUUAGUUUUCCUCAAGGUGAGUAAAACGAGACUGAAAAGCGAUUUAGUUUUUGUUAGACAUUCAUAAUCCAUGAUUUAUCUCUACUGUGGGUAAAUCUGUCAAAAUACAAUGCAACGUUAGCUAUUCUGGCUCUCAGCUGUAGAAAGCAGGGACCCCAGGUUUGACAGGGUGCAGAGAACACACUGACAUGAUUUUGUCUCAGGUAAGAGAAUAAAUGUUUGGACUAAAAGUAAAGACUAAAAUGUGAGGACUUUUUAUGGACUAAAACGAGACUAAAAUGUUUUUUCAACUAGACUUAUAAAGGGUAGGAAUGACUAAAAUGUGACUAAAACUGAAAGGCAUUUAUUCUAAAGACUAUGACUGAGACAAAAAUUAAGAAGAGUUGUCAGAAUUAACACUGGAUCCAGGCUGGUGUGAACCUUCAGCACUCUGCUUUGUGAACUUAAGAUCAGGUCCACGUGAAUGUCAGGAAACUAUUUAUGACCACACUUCAAUGUCAGCGGUCCUCUGUGUCUUUAAGAAACAGUAUGGAUCUCUGUCGUGUCCAAAUAUCCCUGAUUUAAGCAGAUAUCAGUCUGUUUUCAACCCCUCUUCCUAAAGCAGACAGCUGUUCAUUUUGCCUUUCAUUAUUUAUACAUUGAUAUUUUUGGUAGGAGGGGGUUGGGAACCACCAUAUUUGACCUGGCUUUAAAAUUAAAUGUAGCUGUAGAGUUACAGGAAAACUCUUGGCUCGAUAAAAAAACAAAAAUGAUAAGAUAGAAAACUCAGAUAAUGUCUGAGGUAGUAAAGCCAAUAAUAGCCUGUUACCCAGAAUGCCGUUAUCUGGUAUGAGUGGGCGUCAGUCCUGCACCCUGCACUGUAAAACUGAACAAGUUGAAACUGAUAACGUCAAAGUUUUUAAGUAGUGGAAAGACAUUUUUUGAGUAGUCGUUACUCGUACAUUAAUGUACUUAAGUUAACUUAAGUUUUCAAAGUUAAACUACACAGUAGAAACUUUCCCACACUUAAACAUUCUGUUUUAGUUUAACUCAAACUUAAUGUUUAAGUACUUACAUAAAGCUACGCGGUACUAAUCCACUGCAUUUUUCCUUAUUUCUAUCAAGUUCUUUAACGCCAUUUAAGGUGGUUCAACUUAAUCGACUACGGGGAAAUAAAUGAAAAGUGUAACCACUAAGUCCUCUUCCAUGUCCACAUGUGGGGCUUCUCUGACCAUGUCAGUACUUCACUCAUGCUGCAAAAGUGUCUAAUGCCCAAAGGCAUGCUGGGAAAACUCUGUAGAUUAAGGGAUGGUUGUCAAAUGAUUUUAGUACAAUGACAAAAAUACUUGAAUGAUUGAGUACUGUUUACUGAAAACCUGAAAAUAUGUUCUGUUAACUCAGAAAAGUAGAGCUGGAAUACCAGCAUUCAAAAUCCAACUGCUUGGUUUUACAGUGCAUGUAACAAGGCUUUAACCUCAUUCUCUUCCCAACAUUUCCUGUUUCUUCACAAAAGAACUUUGAAAAGUCAGAGUUUUGUUUCUCAUAAGUUUAAGUUUGAUCAGAUUUUAUUGUUUUCAUAUUACGAGUGUUGCAGUGUUUCAGCCAUGUGUAUUUGUAUUUUAAAAUGCUGAUAAGCCAAAUUUUAAAUUAAAAAAUCAGAAAAAACAAAGUGUAAACAAUAAAAUGGGAACUUUUUGACUGAGGAAUAAACUAGUAAAUCUAAACUUAGCUUUGGGUACUUAAACUGACACAUUUCCUCGAACCAAACCUAAACAAGAAGCAGUUUCUUUUGUUUAAUCAUUGUUCUGUUUAUCUAUUUAGCCCUUGUUCUCUCAAUGCUAAACAUAUUAGACUAACAUAAGCACUUAGCUAGCUUCUCUACCUGCUUUAACUGCCUGCAAUCCAAACAUAAGUGAAUCUUGUUUUGUGCAGCCCUGUCCUCACAAACACAGGUCCAGUUUUAAAAGCGGUCCUUUCCUAUUUAAAAUGAUUGCAUCCAUUUAGUCCCAAAAUGUAAAGCACAAAGAAACUUGAGACAAAGAGUUAAAGAUGCAGUAAAAAUGAUGUACUGAUGGAUACUGACGGAUGAUUAUUGUCUGUGGCACUGACAUUUAGUCUACCUUCUGUCUUGCUGUUUGCGGUUUAUUACCAUGCGCCUUUUGCACUAACACUUCCACCUCCUCUUCUUGAUCACCUCUAAAGCAUUCUCUGAAUCAGCAAUUUGGCAUUACCAUGUAAAACAUGCAAGUGUUUUGUUACUGAUGUUAAAAUUCCUCCACUUUAUUAUGCUCGUUGAUUUUCAGAGCUGACAAAAACUAUCCAGCUGGAAGAGGAGUUGCCUUUCAGGGCUGUAAGGAGUCAUCAGGAAUCUCACAGAUUGGAUAAAAGCAGCAGUUUCCUCAUUAUAAAUUUUAAGCCAGAGAGCAAAUCAAAAUCAGAUGACCCUCUCGUUUAUGUUACGGUAAUGACAGAUUGCUGAGAAAUGCUCUUCACCUCUGCCAAACUGUGUCUCGCUCCAUGUGAGGGCGUCCUCUUCACCAUUGGUGCUACAACCUGCAGGGCAAAGCGCCGCCUUUAGCCCGCUCUGUUUCCAUCAACUAGUUUAAGAUUUGUACAAAAAAAUGCAUUGUGUGGACACUCAAACUACGAGUUGUGAACACAGCUGAGUGUAUGUGUGUUUAUGUUCGUCCUUGAUUCCCUCCGUCCAUCGACAAUGAGAGCCUCAGGUCAGUUAAAGGGAUGCUGAAACAUGCUCAGACUGUUAAAUUUACUUGUUCCAUGAUGGGAAAAUGAGCUUUAGCUCUCGUUCUAUAUGAAAACGGGAUUUCAGCUCUACCUACAGGGAAAAUGGACAUUAAUGAAGCUAUUAUGUGUUUGUUAUUUUCACAAAGUGAAGUGCCAAAAAGGUUUUCCCACCUGGUGGAAAAUCGGCUCACCUACUAAGUCUCGGCCUCCCUUUAACAGCCUGGCCUCAGCCGUUUUCAAACAGAACUGAAACUAAUGAAAAGUUGCACUGUUAAAAAGUUAAAACAAGAGAAAAUCAUUGUAUGUUAUAAAUUUAUUGUUAUAUGCAUUGAGAAAAUACAUUGACAAGUAUUUAUGAGUGAUGUAAUGUUCUGCUUUUAGGCUUGCACUCAAUAGAGAGCAUCAGAUUUAUUUUUAUUGCUAAAUUAGCCAGAAUAAAACUCUUUGUUUAAAUUGUUCAGUAGAGAUCUGAAGUAUGAAUAAGAGGGAAAUGCGUUCUCUUAUAAUAAAAGUUGUGGUAAUGGGAGGGUUUUAGAGGGAGUGAGCUUGGGAGACACUUAAAAGCAACAUUUCAGAAAGUACACACAACAGGAGGCAGUCCUGUAAAAGGACUCCGACAUGACUAGGCCUAUCAGGGGGACUCGACUCUGCUCAAUUGAUAGCAAGGUUUCUCUGUUGUUAAUAGAGGCCUGUCUUCACAGUCCUCACUGUUCAUACUGACAUAAUGCCUGUUUAAACCCAUUAGAAAUCCUGAAUUUGGUAAAAAGUUACAGAAAAUUCAGGCAGUACCCUCUUAACUCAGAACAUAUCCAUGCAAAAAGCAGACCAGGUUUGUUUUAGUGAAAUCUUGCUUUUAACUGAAUGUUGGGAACUGUAAUUGUAUGUUAGGUUAAGAAUGAAACAUGGGAGCAUAAAAGGCGUUUCCUUUGCAGGACCUGCUGGGCUAAACUGGGCCAACUGGAAAGUAACUUGAGUUUUAGAAAGUUCUGCAUAUGAAGAAAUAAUAGGAAAUAGAUCAGGCUCUUCAGUUGAAGUCAGUGACCCUGAGAACUUUUGCACCAUUGUAGCAGUAGAUAUUAAAAAGAAAUGGUUCAUGGCAAGUCAGCUAUGUGAUUUCAGCUUCUGAAUUGUCCCAACUUGACCAUUAUGAGUUUAAGGAAAAGUCUGGAAGCUUAUCUGGACUGGGAAAGUUAAGUGAGCACCAAAAGUUGCUUUCAGAAUCUGUUAUUUUUGUUAAGAAAUGUGAAGUUUUUCAAUGCUUCUCUAAUCAAGAUCCUAGAAAGGCCUUGAGAUGGAUCAUUGCAAGUCAGUGAUGGGACAUGGCCAGUUUAAUGGUGUAAACAAACAAACUGGAUGGGAUUGGAAUUGCCCCUGAAACAGGUUUAAGUUCAGCGACAGGGAAAACUACGAUUUUAAAAAGCACUAUCUUAGUGUUCAAGAUCCUGGCGAGACCUUAAGAUUGACCUUUGCAAGUUUAAUGGUCUGAAUAAACUAACUGGAUGUGACAGGAAUUGCACCAGAAAGUGAGGUCAAGUUUGGCAACUCUGGGGAAGUUGGGAUUUAAACGGCACUGGGGAACUAGUUAAGAAUGAUUCCAUAGUUGAAAUAGACAAAAUCUGGACGAUGGUCAGGAGUUUGGAAGUCAGGACUCAGGAGAAUGAAGAAAUUGUUCCUGGGAAGUCAAAGACAACAUGAAGUUCAUGUUGAACUUGAUGCUGUCGACUUCUGGGCUUUUUGGCCCAUUGCACACUGUUAAAAUCUGUGAAAGGUUUGGCAUGUUCUAAGAGUUUGGUUGCUCUUUUAAGAAGUUCUGAAGCAAGUCCUUUAAAAAAAAAAAAAAAAAAAAAAAAACGGCUCCAGGUCCAGAAUUUUCCAUUUGAAUGCAUUUGACGAAUGAAAGUAGUGUGGAGAAGUGUAGUCAUCUUUGAGUAGAGGUCUUAAUGGAUCUUGAGAAAUGUUUCCUAACAAGUCCAUGGAAGCAAAAGAAGCCUGAGAUUUGGGUGCUUUGGCAUGUGGAGUCCCUGGAACCCAUGUCUUUGGAAGAACCCUUUAGAUUUGGCAGCUAUAGCCAAGAUCUUAAAGGAAGAAUUGUUUCCUGAUAAGCCGAAGAUAUCUUGGCACCCCUGUGUGACCAGGUUUGGGCAUAGUUUGGCCUACUUGACUCUUGGAAACUAUUUUUCAGAGAACUUGAGGAGUUCCCCAGUUUGGCCUCUUAACCAGAUUCUCUUAUCGAGAUUCAAAAGGAAUGAGAUUAGUUCGUCACAGGAAGCCAAAGAGACAGUCAGAGAACCCCAGUCUGGACGAGUUUGGCCCACUCUUUAGGCAUCCUGAGCCUACAGGACACAGUUACACGCCAUCUAAUGAGUCUAGGAUAGCUCAGUCUGGCUUCUUUACCAGGAUAAACUGUAUCAAGAUCCAUGAGGAAUCUGAAGAAUGCUUCAUGGAAAGUUAGAGAUUCCCUAAAGCCCAGGAGACCAAGCUCAGUGAAAACCCUCAAAUCCCCUCUAAACUUCAAGUAAAAGCAUAAUAGAAGUAUCUUGGAAAAAGCCAUUUGUUUUAGGUCAAUGAUGGCCCAGUCUGGGCAAGCCAAGAAGCUCCAGUUUGGUCUGAUUUGUCUCUUUCAUUGAAGGACCAGGCAAGAUUGGCACGUAAGAGAACCUCCAAGUGUGGAAGUCAAGGAGUUGUCCAUGAAGGAAAAAAGACCCAGUUUGACCUCUGGUGGCAGAGUUUGGUCCUUGAAAUAGGUUGGCUCAGCAUUUGAAGUUUUCUACAAGAACAAACCUAAAAAUGUGGCAGCGAAGAUCAAAAUACAGGAAUGAUGAAUGGUUUAAGUCAGAUGUGGACUGAAGCUCAGCUCGACCCACCUUAUGGAGUAGUUGGACAUGUGGUCUCUGUGCAAAAAGAUCUACAGAAGGUUUUUGAAGGAUUCUGGAAAUGAAUCUCUAAUGCUCCAGUUUGGCCCAGUUUGGACCUGCGUUGGAAACCCUGGUUUGAAAAUGUUGGGUGUUGUGGGAAUCUUUCACUGUGGAACUGUGUUGCUCAGACAACACAAAGCUAGAAACGGGUCAGAUAAUCAAAGAUAAAGGAUCGAGAUGCGGGUAGCAGUGCCUUUGACGGAUCACUCACAGUGAUACAGCGGUCUCUGAUGUCACUUGCUGUACUGCAUCUGUCUGUUACAGCGUCAUGUUUAACUUCAGCUAACCUUUUCUGUGAUCUUAUUUCAUGAUGUUUAUUGUUUAGUUGUUUAAUGAAGUUACAGUGACGCUAAGAUCAGCUUUAAAUGGCACUGAUUCACCUUCAUGUAGAGCAACUUAGAGCCGGACCUGUCAGAGGUGUUAUCUCAGCUUGUCCAUGGAGCUUCAAAGGAAGGUUAAAAAAAACGAUUAUGAUCACUCUUGUUGGUUUAGAGACCUUGGAUGAGUAAAAGGGAACUAGAAAACUCUGGCUCAGUCUGAAACUCCCCUUGCCUUUACCUCUCAGUCGUGCCAGUACAUUUUACACAUUUCCAUCUAAAGGUUGGAUGUCGUAACCUGGCACGCCAGAUAGACUGUUCCAUAUAACCAUUGCAUAGGAUAUAUUUCACAUUCACAUACAUUUCCACCAAGAGAAGCUUUCAGCUCUUAGCUGUUGUUUUGAUAAAGAAAUGUCCAAGCUAAUCGCUAUACCGGCGGCAGCCAUUGCUAUCGGCCUUCAGUACAGUUAAACUCCACCCCUACCCCAAGCUACAAUCUUGAUUUCCUCUUGAUUGGCCAGCUCUGUUUUCAGACUGGGCCCAGUGGAGCUUAGAAGGAUGGAUUUGCCCGAUGACAGGAAUGGAAUCUGGCCUAUCCAUCAGCUUUGCAAGGUUAUGGGUGUCCUGAUUCUUGUUGGAAUGGAGGAUUUGAAGUGGCCCUUCAAGCUGAGAUUUUCCAGAGGCACACACCAAACUGGGCUGCACAGCGGUGCAGGGGUUAGCGCUGUUGCCUCACAUCAAGAAAGGUUCCUGGUUCGCUUCCUGGUCAGGGCCUUUCUGUGCAGAGUUGGCAUGUUCUCCAUGUGCAUGGCUUCCUCCCACCACCAAAGACAUGCUCGUUAGGUUAAUUGGUGACUCUAAAUUGACCGUAGGUGUGAGUAGGAGCAUGCCUGUGAUUGACUGGCGACCAGUCCAGGGUGUACCCCGCCUCUUGCCCAAUGUCAGCUGGGAUAGGAUAUCAGGAAUUUGAAGGGUCAGUUUCAAGGGGAAGGACAGAGUAGGGGUAGGGGUGAGAGUUCCUUUAAGUCUCACUCUUCUGUCAUUAAAGUUACAUGAUGAAUCGGACUGUUGCAAUUUCACAAGAGACUGUCAUAGACCCUGAAACUCUACCACAUCCUAGAAGAGCUCAGACUACAGAAGACUGUCUAAUAAAGGGCUCAAAGAACAGAUAAGGUCUUAGCUGAGUGGGGUCUCCUGUUCUCAGUUAUUUCUGAUCAUUUAUUUUAUCUGUUUUAAAUGUCGUUCAGUUAGAAAAAAGUGCAUUUUGACAGGUUAAAGAGGGAAAACUCUGAUGAGGUCUAGUGAGCAGUUUGAAGGUGAAUCAGACCUUCAGGUGACCAGAUGACGAGACGUUCGUAUCAGUGAGCUGAUCCCGGUCAAGCACUGCGGUCUUGGGUGGUGACGACGAUGGUGGUGAACUCCAAGUUUAAACUGAAAGUAAAACUGUCUGUUUCCUGUCAGACUCCCACUCUGGUUCUGUCAUUUCCUGAAUGUAUGAAACCGUUCAUGUAGAGGCGUUAAAAGUCCUACAAAUGUAAGAAGACAGGAGGUUUUUAAAUACUCUUGUGCCCCGAGUGAAGCCUCUCAUGUGCUGCUUCCUCUCAGUGAAGAACUCUGGGUAAUGAAGUCUUCUACAGAUGAGACCAUGAGUGGGUUUUUGACAUCGAACAGCGACGUUUAGAGCUCAUGCUGCCAUUUUCUGUUCACAUGGUGCAAAAACAAAAAUUGCAAUCAACUUGUCUGUUGCCAUCAAUGUUUUGAUAGUUCAAAUGUGUUUCUUUCAUAGUUUUAACUUUUUUUUGUCUUGUUUUUUUUUUCUGUUCUUGUUGUCAACAUCUGUUUUUGCUACUUCAUACAGUUGUACAGCUUGUGACGUGCAGAUUUUAUGAUGAUGACUAUUACUGUUGCUAUGAUGAUAUUUUAAAGUGACUUUGCUUUAUGGAAGACGCUGCCGGCUUCCUGCAUGGUUUUCCUGUGACUGUUUUUGUAAAUUAUUAACUUAAAGUUUGUUUUUGCUUUCCCUGUGACUUGCUGGCUUUUGUGUUGUUUUGCACUUUACUCUUAAAAUAAUUGGAUUUUAAAAGUGUGGGGGGGUCGACAGUGAUAUAAGAAUAAUGUUCCCUUUUUCCCCCAUGGUUUAUAAACAACAAUAAUCAGUGAAAUGCACCUUUAUGUUACCUGUGUGAGUUUUAAUUUCAGCCCCUCUUUGUUUUCAUUGGUUUUAUUCAUAUUUGUUUGUUUGUUUGUCUGUUGUGAAGAGAAACAGAAAAGUGUCGGAGGACAGAAGCCAGACUAAGAACAUUAAUGUGAAUCUAUUUUCCUACGCUGACUGACUGGAAUAAAGAAAGUGACGUUCA